GUUCCGAAUUUGUUUACGUGAAAAAUUUAAAAUUUGAGGAUAAAAUCUAAUACAACAAUGCUGGAUAUACCAACACAUAUGGACUUUGUGGGCCAAGGGAAGGCUGAGCGGUGGUCUCGUCUCAUCAUCACAUUCUUCGGCGUCGUAGGCCUGAUCUACGGAGCGAUUGUGCAGCAGUUCUCUCAGACGGUCUAUGUGCUCGGCGUGGGCUUCCUGCUGUCCUCACUGAUCACCAUUCCUCCAUGGCCCUUCUAUCGCAAAAAUCCGGUGAAAUGGCAGAAGCCGGUCAUCACAGACCCCAAGCCACAGAAUGGCGACUCCAGCGACGAGGGCAAGAAGAAAAAGAAAUGAGAAUUCCAAACUAACAUAACAUUAACGUGUAUUUAUCUCAUACAAUAAACUCUCUUCUCAUACUAAAUCGGA